UCUCUUUAAGAGACCUAUCCCCUCCCACACCCCUUAUACUGGUCCAAUCUUCCUGUAGCUGCCCAAAAACACUUGUAGAAGACUGGAUUCUAUACAUGGGACUUAGAGGCACAGGUGAUAACUGCAAUAUCAGACUGGAUUCUGAAGCAGCAGACAGGACUCCACAGGUGAUAACAGCUUCUAGGGACACUGAGACAACUGAAAAUUUCAGGGAACCUGGAAAGGAGCUGCAAGAGAAGAAAUCCAGGUGGUCUCAGAGAUCCAUCCUUCCCUACAAGCAAGUGAAGACAGACAGACAAUAUAGACAUCAGACACAAAACUGCUAGCAAGGAGACCAUGGUAAAGAGAGUGGCAAUUGUUGGAGCUGGCGUCACUGGACUGACCUCCAUUAAGUGCUGUCUGGAGGAGGGGCUUGAGCCCACCUGCUUUGAGAAAAGUGAUGACUUUGGGGGACUCUGGAGAUUCACAGAACACAUUGAAGAUGGAAAGCCAAGCGUGUACAAAUCUAUGGUCAGCAACACCUGCAAAGAGAUGUCAGCUUUCUCAGAUUUCCCGUAUCCUGAAGAUUUUCCAAACUAUAUGGCCAAUGCCAAGUUCUUUGAAUAUCUAAAGCUGUAUGCAAAGCAUUUUGACCUUGUGAAGCACAUCCAGUUCAAGACCACAGUCAUCAGCAUAAAGAAACGCUCAGAUUUCUCUACCACUGGCCAAUGGGAUGUUGUCACGGAGUCCAACGGGAAGCAGGGGUCAUCUGUGUUUGAUGCUGUUAUGGUUUGCAUUGGAUACCUUUCAGAGUCUUUCCUCCCACUGGAAUCUUUCCCUGGAAUUAAGAAGUUUAAAGGCUCAUAUUUUCACAGCCGAUUUUACAAGCAUCCAGAUGUAUUUCAGGGGAAGAGAGUGCUAGUGGUUGGCAUGGGGAAUUCUGGAGUCGAUAUUGCAGUUGAGGCCAGCCAUGUGGCUGAAAAGGUGAUGAUCAGCACUGACCGAGGCGCAUGGGCCCUGAGUCGAGUUUUUGACAAUGGUUAUCCCUGGGACAUGGUGUUCAUAACACGUUUCAUGAACCUGGUCAGAAAUUCUUUGCCAGGGCCCAUCCUGGGGUGGAUGAUUGCAAACAAGAUGAGUCAGUGGUUUGACCAUGAAAACUACAGCCUGAUUCCGCAGGACAGAAGAGUGAUGCGGGAGCCUGUGUUGAAUGAUGACUUGCCAAGCCGUAUCAUCACAGGGAAAAUCACAAUAAGACCAAAAGUAAAGGAGUUCAAGGAAAACUCAGUUGUGUUUCAGAACAGCUCUGAAGAGGAGCCCAUUGACAUCAUUGUCUUUGCCACAGGAUACACAUUCUCUUUCCCUUUCCUGGAGGAAUCUGUCCUGAAAGUGGAAAACAAACAAGCAUCUCUGUACAAAUAUAUAUUUAACCCUCAUCUUGAGAAGCCCACACUUGCUAUUGUUGGCCUGAUCAAGCCUUUUGGUGCAGUGAUGCCUGUUGUGGAGAUGCAAGCACGUUGGAUUACACGGGUCUUUAAGGGCCUCUGUCAGUUGCCUCCAGUGACCACCAUGGUGAAAGAGGUCACCAAGAAGAAGCAGAAAAAAAUUCACUGGUUUGGUUUCUCCUUCGACGAGGUUUUGAAAACAGAUUGCCUUGUCUAUGUUGAUGAACUUGCCUCCUUCAUUGGCUCAAAACCCAAUUUACUGGCCCUGUUCUUUAAGGAACCAAAACUGGCCCUGGAAAUCUUCUUUGGUCCAUGCACCAACUAUCAGUAUCGCCUGACUGGACCAGGGAAAUGGGCUGAAGCCAGGAAUGCCAUCCUGACCCAGUGGGACCGAACACUGAAGCCAAUAAGAACACGAGUUGUAGAAGAUUCUUCAAAUUUUUUCCCAUAUUUGCUUAAAAUAUUUGGGCUUUUUGCACUCUUUGCUGCACUGUUUCUUGGCUUCCAGUAGUCCAGAGGUAAUGUACAAUCCUGUAGCCAUUCCUUGCCAUAUUAUUCUUUUUUGACUAUGCAGCAUCUCCAUUUAGGGUGGCAGGGAACACACACUUCUCAAAAAUGUCCCUCUCAGGAAAGUCCUUUAGAGUAGAAAGGCUUCUAAAGGUAAGGAUUAUACAUCCAAGUUUAAUCAGUGCCAUUGAAACAUUUCUUUUACAGCUGAGCUACAUAUUAAGACCCUUUUUCCAUGUGAAAGAUGUGCAGAUUUCACUAGUGGUGUGAUAUUAAACCAUUUUAGUUAAACUGGUAUGAAUGAUAGGCAUACAACUACCAUUUUUUAGGAACGGUGUCUUUCAAAUCUCCUGUGCUUUCAUAGUCUCCUGUGUAGGAGGGGCAAGGAGGAGCAAUGCAUUGCUGGAGGGGGUAUUGCAGGUAGAGGAUGCAUUGCAAUUCUAACGGUUGCCCAGAGUGCACUCAGUUUUCUGUGGAGUGAGUGAGCAUCAGAGGUAAACAGCAGAUGCCCAGGGAAGGGUCCUUACUUAACUUUUCUUGUUGCCUGGCUAGUUUACCAGGAGACCCAUACAUAUGGAAAUAGCUUCUGCUCUUGCCUGUAGUGAUCUUACUCUUUCUAGAGGUCAUGAUUCCUAAAGAUGCAAUUAUCUCAUUUCUAUUACUUCAUUAAGUGUCAUUUGAAAGUAAUAAAUGUGUCAGCUUUUCCUUUA